CCCGCACUGUAGCAAAACACAUGACGUCAUCAGCAAUGCGCUUGUGGUCGUUGAUGAGUCGAACAAGCUGGUUAAUUGCAAUGUGUUGGGACAAUUUUCCUUGCUUUAUUUAACCAAGCAGCCAAACACAUUGCGGAAAAGUUGUUGAUAAUGGAUUACUGCAAAGACCGUCUUAAAGCAGACUGUGAGAUGUUGCUGAGUAGAUUUCAGCAGACAGAAUCGGUGCGAUACGAGCUAUUCUUGACCAUAUGGAAAGAGAUGAAGUUCCAAAGUAUUUUCUAUGGAAAAAUGGAAAACAAUCUAAAGAGGCUAUUCACUCGUGAAGUCCUGGCUACAGCGUACACAUACUUUCUGCCACCUUACACCUUUCAGAUUAGAGUUGGGGCCUUGUACCUGCUCUAUGGGCUAUACCACUGCCAACUGUCCACACCAAAGGAAAAGACAAGGCUAGCCCUGAAGGACUGGGAGGAAGUGAAUAAGUUCCAGCAGGAUGCAGUUAGUGCCCAGCACUUUGAUGUGGUCUACAUCAUCAGACAGCUCAUCUCACAAAAAGCCUUCUACUUCACUGUCAUGCCAACGCCACUGAUUUUCAAUGUGAAGAAGAGCAACAAGAACUCAAUAACCGUGUGUGAGGAUUUCCUUGAGCGAGCGGCCCGGCCACAGGAGCUGGUCAGCAUGGACAUGCUUGAGGAGCUGGCGAACGUACAUGAGCACUAUGAGCAGGUGAAGGCAUCAAUUUCAGCCAAGCCAGGCCAGCCAGACCCAUCCAUCAAUCUGAUCCACAAGAACUUGGUGCCACGGCUACACAAUACUGUCGUGGGAUUCUACAACUGGCAGAAGGCUCAGGGUUCGGAAGAUAGAGUAGAUGGAGAUAGCGGCGAGGGAACUUCAAAUAAGCAAGAGAGUUCCCAGCGAGCUCAGCUUCUUGCAUCCAUCAAGUCUAAAUCAUAUGGUCAGAUAGUGGAGGCCUCCAAGGCCCGGCGACACCGGCAGGUUGAGAGGGAUGAGGUGGUGCUUGCUAAGGAGACGUCGCACCAUAAGAGACACAAGUCACUCAAACAAAGGACCAGUCAUCUGACCCAAGGCGCUGCAAGGGAAGAAGCUCUGAAAACCACCAGCCUGUGGUGCAUGAGUCAACUUGAAGCUCAAGAAACAACGAAAAAGAAAAAGAAAAGGAAAUUCAAAUGGUGACAUCACGAAAGAGGAAAAAGUUUUGCCCGACGAGUUGGGUUGGUUUAGAGUCAGUCAGACAUCAAUCCCUGUGUACAACCACCAUCAUCAUAUUUGGUACAACUGAUUUUAUCCAGCAUACAUCUGGUUUCACCAUAGGUGUUGUUUAAUCGCUCAAAAUGCAAUGCUUUUAAAGUCUGGCACAUAAGGAAGUUAGUCUCUAGGUGUUACCCUUCAUUUAUGAAGGCUUCGAAGACAUGCAAAGAUUUUGUUCAUGUCGCAGUAAAACAUUUUAAUUGUAUUGUGCUGGUUUCAGUCAAUGAUAUGGAUAAUUUGUUUCCAUCACUGACAAUUUUAUUAACUACUUGAUUCUUGAAAAUGUUGAGCAAAAAGUUAAAUUACGUCAAAAACCAAGUUCCCUUUCAAUUGCCUAUGAUGUUUUUGAUGCUGUUGUUGGAACAUCAAAUGUUAUUACUGUUAUGGAGUUAUGAGUUCGGAGAACAUAAUGUUGUCACAUAUGUAUGUCUCUUUAUCAAAAUGUAUUGUUCAUGUGCCGAAUACAACAGGUGUGGACUUUACAGUGAAAUGCUUACUCACAAGCCCAUUCCCAACAUUGCAGUUAAAAAGUAAGACAAAUAUUUGAAAUAAGGAAAUAGUAACACAAUAAGAAACAGUAACAAGGCUAGGUACAAGCAGUAUGAGUUCUGAGAUCUGUUUAUAUGACGUCACUUUAAAAAAAUAAAAAUGCAUUUUUACAGAA